AUGAUACAUACACGUAAUAAUUGUCCUGAAAAUACUCAUCAAGUUGAAUUUUCAUUUAAUGUUAAAAAAAGAGUAUUAAUAAAAGAAAAUAAAAACUUCGGAAUAGAUACAACUCAUAUAUUUUAUGAUUUAUUCAAAAACACAAAUUUUAAUUCCUUCUGUAAAUGUUUUAAAAGAGUAAAAAUAGACAAAGCAUUAGCAGUAUUAUCCAUAUCUGAUAUUAAAAUGAAAGAAAUAGGACUCAACUUUCCAACAGUAUCAGUUUCAUGGUUCCCUACAUAUAUAAAAACAGAAAAUGAAACAACAACACCCGAAGCACAAUUAAAAAUGGUUCAAAAUAGUAGUCAUAUACAACAACAAAUUUAUUACCCCGGUGGAGCAUUUCAAAUAACAACAAUCAUUAAAGCUCAAACUAUUCAAGAACAAAACUUUUAUGGACCAACAAGAGUAGAAGGCUUUUGGACUUACGAUGAAAAUAAUAUAUAUUGGAAUCCUUAUACAAAUGAAAAUGUAACUAUCCCAUUUUAUCCUUGGUAUAUUAUAGCAGUAGAAACAACAAAUAAAACAAACGAAGGAGAAGAAGACCAAAUAAUAGAUUUCAAUCUCCAAUGGUAUAUAACAUGUUCAUUCGAUAGAUAUAUUUGCACUCCAACAGAAGAUGAAGAUAUUGAACCUAAUCCAGACAUAACACUAGUAGAUUUAAACUAUACAAUUACAAACGAUGACAUUAAUAAUAGAGAAGACAUAACUUUAGAACCAAAUGUACAUGAAGCUUAUGAAAAAGUAACUUUAAAAUUUCAACCAAAACAAAAACAAGUAAUAACACUUCAGAUAACAAAUAAAACUUUAAAUUAA